GGAAGCCGUUCUACAUGGCCUCCACUGGUCUACAUGCCUGGUAUACCUUGAUGACUGCAUAGUCAUGGGCAAGGACUUCGAUGAUCAUUGCAAGAACCUCCAAGAAGUAUUGCAACGAUUCAGAGAUGCUGGACUCAAACUUAAACCCUCAAAGUGUGGCUUUUUCAAGAAAGAAGUUACGUAUCUUGGCCACAUAAUCAACACCGAAGGAGUGAAACCUGACCCAAACAACGUUGAGAAAGUCAAGUCCUGGCCUCAGCCGAGGACACCGACUGAUGUCCGAUCCUUCCUUGGCUUGGCAUCUUUCUACCGACGUUUUGUGCCGAGUUUCUCUAAGAUUGCAACUCCCUUGUCGACCCUGACAUAAAAAGGUCAACAGUUUGUAUGGACAGCAGAGUGUGAAAAGGCUUUUCAACAUCUGAAAGAAGCUCUAACCAAUCCACCUCUCCUCGCCUAUCCAGACUUUGAAAAGGAGUUCAUCCUAUCUUCGGAUGCAUCCCUUCAUGCAGUUGGUGCUGUCCUCUCGCAGACUCAAGAUGGUAAAGAACGUGUAAUCUCCUACUUCAGCCAAACUCUCAGCGCUACGCAGAAGAAAUGGUCUACCUAUGAUCGAGAGCUCUGGGCAAUUGUUACAGCUGUUCGCCAUUUUCGUCAUUAUCUGAGACACCAACACUUCACUAUCCUGACAGACCACAAACCUCUUUUGGCUCUCAGGAAGUUCCCAAUUCAAGACGAUGCAACUGGGAAGAGAACACGAUGGAUAUUGGAACUCAAUUCCUACACGUUCAGCCUUAUUCACAAGAAAGGACAAUCACACAGAAAUGCAGAUGCAUUAUCUAGACGCCCGAGUCAAGAAAGCCAAGUCACUCCAAGAUUGACGGAUCAGCUACUCAAGCACAUGGUGACCAAUCCACUGUGUAAUGCAGUCGAGACUCGUUCAUCAAGAUCACGACUAUCAACAGACGCAUCUACUCCCAAUGAUUCAACGAGGCGGUCUGCACCAAACGUCCUUCAUCCUUAUCGUGGUGUAAUCCUUGACAGUGAUGUAGAUGUUCAACAUGAACAGCAACUAGAUCAAGACAUCAGUACAGUCAUCGAAUGCGUCAACAAUGGUGAGCGGCCAACCAUUCGACAGAUCCGUAGACACAACCCCCGGGUUAGACGUCUCUUGUGGCAGUAUCCCAAAUUCAUCCUCCAAGACGGUAUACUCUACAGGAAGAAGAAAGACAAGCUUGGUAAUCUCUCAUUCCAACUUGUCGUACCAAACUCCCUCAUUCCAAGGGUACUUCAAGAGUUACACGGUGACCCAUCAUCCGGACAUUUCGGCGCUCAUCGCACAAUACAGAGAGCAGAGUCAAUGUGCUAUUGGCCCUUCAUGAACAAGGAAAUCACUGAUUUCUGCAACACAUGCACAGCUUGCGAGUCCUUCCGGUUACCAACCCCUAAGCAUCAAGCACCCUUACGUCCCAUUACCACUACUCGUCCUUUGGAGAUGGUCUUUGCCGACAUUGCUGAGCUUCCAAGUUCAAGACGAGGAUUUCGCUAUAUACUCGUUGUGACUGAUCAUUUCAGCAAAUAUGUCAAUAUCUUCCCAAUGAAAGAUCAGACUGCUCCAACCAUCGCCAAACAUUUGUUCGAAGAAUAUGUGAAAGAGCAUGGUAUUCCAGAGACUUUGCACACAGACCAAGGUCGACAGUUCGAGUCCAGAUUAGUGCAAGAACUAUGCAGCAAAUUGGGCAUCAAAAAGUCUAGAUCGACACCCUAUCAUCCCCAAGGAGCUGGCAUAGUCGAACGUUGUAAUCGCACCAUCAAAGAUCAACUUGCGAAGUACAUUUCUCAUCAAGGAGGAGAAUGGGACACUCACAUCAAUCAAGUCCAGUUAGCGUACAACACAAGUACUCAUGCCUCAACAGGUUUGACGCCAUACUACAUCAUGCAUGGCAGGGAAGCCCGUACACCUGCGAACAUCACCUGUUCAACUCCCCCUCCAUCGUCAUCUGGCAAGACACUCCUCGAAUACACAACCAACCUGUCUGAGCGAUUGAGAAAAGCAUGGGAGUACACCAUACAAAAUACACGACAGCAACAGCAACAACAGAAACGACAGUAUGAUGUGAAGAAACGCAUUUCAAAGUAUGACACAGGUGACUUUGUUUGGUUACAUGACCCAACCAACAUCAGGAACAAACUUGAACCAAACUGGAAAGGUCCUUUCAGAGUAUCUUCCUCAUCAGAUGAUGGACUAAAUUAUGACAUAGUUCAUGUCCAUGAUGAAAAGUUCAAGCGACGGGUCCAUCAUAAUCGUUUGAAACCGCAUCGAGCUAGAGCCCCACAAGUGAUGUCAACUCCACCAUCCCCACCAACCCCACAGCCUACGUCAAUACAUGGGACUGAGAGGACAACGACAGAGUACCCACCAGGUCCCCCAGCAGAAGACGAGAAUAGGAGAAAGGUGCAGUCAAAUCAUCCUACUAGCCAUGGACCAGCCUACAUCACGUGGUCGUCUCGACCACCAGAUCGCAUCCUCCAUCACGAGCAGUCGAACCAUGACCGACCAUCACGGUCAAGUUUGUCUGUUCGGCAACAAGCCUCAAACCAGCCAACCAGUUCAACAGAACGCAUCCUCCAUCACCGACAGUCAGACCAUGACCAACCAUCACGGUCAAUUUUGUCUGUUCGGCAACAAGCAUCAAACCAGCCAACCAAUUCUAGCCAUCAAUCCAGGCUAAUUGACUCAGCCCCACCUCAGCAACAACCUAGGCCAUCCCUGCCGACUACCCAAACCCAACAUCAGCUGUUCUCGCCGGUUGGCCAACUUCAACUCAGACCCCAAUAUCAACUGAGGUCGACGACUCACCAAUCCCAACUCUGGCCAUCCUCAUCAGCUGAGCAACCUAAGCCGUCCUCAUCUGCUGACCAACCUCAACCUCAGCCAUCCUCAUCGGCUGACCAACCCCAACAUCAGCCGUCCUCAUCCGCUGACCAACCCCAACCUCAGCCGUCCUCAUCCGCACGUUCGAGAUCUGGUCGACAGGUUAAAGUACCCGCCAAGUUUCAAGAUUACGAACUGUAAAGACUUUCGAGGAAUAAUGUUUGCAAUAGUGAUAGAUAAUUGGAAGACAUGCUGAUUUUAACUUUUCUCUGUCAUACCUUGCAUUGCUACAUUGUUCGUGACAAUAUGUUAUUGAGGGAAUUGUUGAUUUGGGAACGUUUUGGAAGAUUUAUGAUAUUUUUGUAGGACUUUUCAGUAAAGAUAGGAUUAAAUUGUCAGUUUUUAAUGUUUAGACGGGAAAAAGAAGACAAACUUUCAAGCAUUUUGUCAUGUGUUUUUCCAUCAAAUUUGUUAGUUACACGUCAAUUGGGUGAACUCCUCAAUGCGCCCAUCUUUUUUUUUUU